AUGGCCGAAAAAGAAGAGUUGACUCGAAAGAAAAGAUGUCGAAACGGACAUAGAACCUCAGCGAAACGAAUUAUGGCGUCUAUAGGCGAAACUCUUAUGAGUGUGGCGGAGAAAUCGCAGUUAACUCCGCAUAUUGCGAAGUUAAAACAACAAAAGUCAACACUCGAAGCGAAGUUGAAAUCACUCCGAGAGCAAGAUGAAGCUAUUUUGGCGCUGGUAAGUGUAGAGGACAUAGAGUUAGAGAUUGAGCAAGGGGAUAUUUCACGUGAGAAAAUCGAGUCUGUUAUUAUUGAAGUACAAAUGGCUUUAGAUGAAUAUGAGAAAUCAAGUACUACACAAUUGAAUACUGAAAACAAUGUCAUAACCCCAGUUACCCCUACGCAACCCACUACAUCCAUAACAGGGAAUAAUUCAGAAACUGCCAGUAACCAUGGUGACAACAGUAUACAAGCUGACCCUUCAAAUUUCAUGAAUAAUUGCACCAAAAUACCCACAGUAAAGUUGCCAAAGUUAAAUCUUAGGGCAUUUCGGGGAGAUCCCACAUCUUGGGCGACAUUCUGGGAUACUUUUGAGUCGUCAAUUCACAACAAUCCCACACUAUCAAGUAUUGAUAAAUUUAAUUACCUCUCGUCACUUGUGGAAGGAACAGCAGCAGAUGCAAUUGCAGGAUUAACCUUAACCCCUCUAAAUUAUGAAGAAGCCAUCAAAAUAUUGAAGAAGCGGUUUGGUAACAAACAGCUUGCAAUCAAUAAACACAUGGAUAUUCUGUUAAAUCUAGAGCCAGUUACUUCUCCACAUAACUUAAAGGGACUGAGAACACUUUAUGACACUGUAGAAUCUCAUAUCAGAGCUUUCAAAUCACUUGGGGUACAGGCAGAAACAUAUGGCAAUCUAUUAUGCUCAAUGUUACUCAAUAAGUUACCUCAGGAAUUGUGCAUAAUAGUGAGUCGAGAAGUACAAGGAGAUGUUUGGGAAUUGGGACACUUGCUUGAGUUGAUUGAGAAGGAGCUAGAGGCCCGAGAAAGAGCAACUGCAAAUACCAACAGGGAGACUUGGCCCCAUUACCAAACAAAUAAAUUUUCCAAACCACAACCCUCAAUUUCAACCUUGCAGACAGGGGGUACAUCACCGACAUGCACCUACUGUCAGCAGUCACAUACCUCAAAUAGUUGCACCAAUGUCUCUAACAUCACAGCACGAAUUGACAUUAUAAAGCGAAGUGGACGGUGUUUUCUCUGCUUGAGAAAAAAUUAUUUAAGUCGUGAUUGCAACUCUAAGUCAAGAUGUCAUAAAUGCAAUGGUAAACACCACAUAAGUAUAUGCACCAAGAAUAGCAGUCAUAACCAUGCCCAGAAGACCCCAUCCGAUACAGAGCUUAAGCAACAACAGCAUGAACAAACCUCUGAGAGCAAAACCUCAAGCGACAAACCCAGUAGAUCAAAUCAAUCAGGGAAUAGUGGCACAAAAUCAUUGUUUACAAGUACCAAGACCCCAAUACUUCUUCAAACUGCAAAGGCAACAAUCCUUCCUGUGAGUAGAAAUGGUAAGAGUGGGAACGUGAGAGUUAUCCUAGAUGGCGGAAGCCAGAGGUCCUACAUCACCAGUCGGACACAAGAUUUACUAAGCCUACCCACUGAGCGAACUGAAACAAUGUCAAUAAAAACUUUCGGUUCUGGAGAAGAAAAUCUAACCACCUGUGAUUCAGUCAAUUUUAUUCUAGAAAGUCACACUGAUAAGGUACAGUUGUCCUUGUCAGCCUUUGUUGUACCUACCAUAUGUGAACCACUGCAAUACCAACUUGUCUCACAAUCCCGCCACAACUACCCUCACUUACAUGACCUAGUAUUAGCUGAUGAUUCAAUGGGAGAACUUGACUCGGAAGUGGACAUACUUAUCGGUUGUGAUCAGUAUUGGGACAUAGUGACAGGAGAGAUUCGAAAGGGAACAAAUGGUCCGACAGCUAUCAACACCAACCUUGGAUGGGUCCUGUCCGGACCAGUCGAGAACCAUUCACAACAGAGAUUGGAAGCAUCUGUAAACAUGUCAUCCACUCAUGUUUUGCAGCUUGAAACCCCACCAUCCCAACCAAUGCACCACGAAGAUGACCAACAACUGAGACGAUUCUGGGAUUUGGAGUCACUCGGUAUAUCAAAGGAAGAGAAGUCGGUUGUUGAAGAAUUCACAAGUACCAUAGGUUUCAAGGCGGGAAGAUAUCACGUUGAGUUGCCAUGGAAAGAGCACCAUCCUUUACUGCCUGACAACUAUGAAAUGAGUCGUAAACGACUGUGGAGUCUACUCGAGCGCUUGAAACGUGAUCCCGAAGUCUUAAAGGAGUAUGAUGCAGUAAUAAAGGAUCAACUUACCAAGGGCGUUGUCGAGAUUGUUGAGAAAGAAGAUAUUGGAGAGCUCGGAAAAGUUCACUAUAUUCCUCAUCACGCUGUGAUCAGGCGAGAUAAAGAGACAACCAAGCUAAGAAUUGUGUAUGAUGCAUCCGCCAAAACAUCUGGUCCGUCCUUGAAUGAAUGCCUCUAUACUGGGCCUGCAAUGACCCAUAACAUCAUGGACAUUAUUCUUCGUUUUCGAAGCCACAAAGUAGCACUAGCGGGUGAUAUAGAGAAGGCUUUUUUGAUGAUAGCAGUUUCAGAAGCUGAUCGUAAUGAUCUACGGUUUCUUUGGUUCGAUGAUGUUUGGAGUGACCAACCUAAGAUUAUUGUCUUGAGAUUUACGCGUGUAGUAUUCGGAGUAUCAUCCAGCCCGUUCUUACUGAAUGCGACUAUCAGUCACCAUAUCGAACAGUACCGCGCUCAAGAUCCUGCCUUUGUCGAAGCCUUCAUGCGAGCUGUUUAUGUAGAUGAUCUAAACUCGGGUGGGGAUGAUGACAAAUCUGCCUACACUCUUUACAAGAAAUCAAAGCUUAGAUUGGCAGAAGGUGGAUUUAACCUUCGGAAGUUUGUUACCAACUCGCCCGAACUGUUGACGAAGAUCAAAAGUGAAGAGAACCCUCUUCCUAGAGCUAAUUUGAAGCCUAACCCUCAAGUGGACGAACCGCCAAACGAUUGCGUAAAUGAAGAUGAAACGUACUCGAAGAUUACGCUAGGAACAUCCAAUGAAUCCUCUAAUGAAGAGCACAAGGUUCUCGGGGUAGCGUGGAAUUUUGUUGAAGAUGAUCUUGUGUUAGAGGCCCGAGAAAGAGCAACUGCAAAUACCAACAGGGAGACUUGGCCCCAUUACCAAACAAAGAAAUUUUCCAAACCACAACCCUCAAUUUCAACCUUGCAGACAGGGGGUACAUCACCGACAUGCACCUACUGUCAGCAGUCACAUACCUCAAAUAGUUGCACCAAUGUCUCUAACAUCACAGCACGAAUUGACAUUAUAAAGCGAAGUGGACGGUGUUUUCUCUGCUUGAGAAAAAAUCAUUUAAGUCGUGAUUGCAACUCUAAGUCAAGAUGUCAUAAAUGCAAUGGUAAACACCACAUAAGUAUAUGCACCAAGAAUAGCAGUCAUAACCAUGCCCAGAAGACCCCAUCCGAUACAGAGCUUAAGCAACAACAGCAUGAACAAACCUCUGAGAGCAAAAUCUCAAGCGACAAACCCAGUAGAUCAAAUCAAUCAGGGAAUAGUGGCACAAAAUCAUUGUUUACAAGUACCAAGACCCCAAUACUUCUUCAAACUGCAAAGGCAACAAUCCUUCCUGUGAGUAGAAAUGGUAAGAGUGGGAACGUGAGAGUUAUCCUAGAUGGCGGAAGCCAGAGGUCCUACAUCACCAGUCGGACACAAGAUUUACUAAGCCUACCCACUGAGCGAACUGAAACAAUGUCAAUAAAAACUUUUGGUUCUGGAGAAGAAAAUCUAACCACCUGUGAUUCAGUCAAUUUUAUUCUAGAAAGUCACACUGAUAAGGUACAGUUGUCCUUGUCAGCCUUUGUUGUACCCACCAUAUGUGAACCACUGCAAUACCAACUUGUCUCACAAUCCCGCCACAAUUACCCUCACUUACACGACCUAGUAUUAGCUGAUGAUUCAAUGGGAAAACUUGACUCGGAAGUGGACAUACUUAUCGGUUGUGAUCAGUAUUGGGACAUAGUGACAGGAGAGAUUCGAAAGGGAACAAAUGGUCCGACAGCUAUCAACACCAACCUUGGAUGGGUCCUGUCCGGACCAGUCGAGAACCAUUCACAACAGAGAUUGGAAGCAUCUGUAAACAUGUCAUCCACUCAUGUUUUGCAGCUUGAAACCCCACCAUCCCAACCAAUGCACCACGAAGAUGACCAACAACUGAGACGAUUCUGGGAUUUGGAGUCACUCGGUAUAUCAAAGGAAGAGAAGUCGGUUGUUGAAGAAUUCACAAGUACCAUAGGUUUCAAGGCGGGAAGAUAUCACGUUGAGUUGCCAUGGAAAGAGCACCAUCCUUUACUGCCUGACAACUAUGAAAUGAGUCGUAAACGACUGUGGAGUCUACUCGAGCGCUUGAAACGUGAUCCCGAAGUCUUAAAGGAGUAUGAUGCAGUAAUAAAGGAUCAACUUACCAAGGGCGUUGUCGAGAUUGUUCAGAAAGAAGAUAUUGGAGAGCUCGGAAAAGUUCACUAUAUUCCUCAUCACGCUGUGAUCAGGCGAGAUAAAGAGACAACCAAGCUAAGAAUUGUGUAUGAUGCAUCCGCCAAAACAUCUGGUCCGUCCUUGAAUGAAUGCCUCUAUACUGGGCCCGCAAUGACCCAUAACAUCAUGGACAUUAUUCUUCGUUUUCGAAGCCACAAAGUAGCACUAGCGGGUGAUAUAGAGAAGGCUUCUUUGAUGAUAGCAGUUUCAGAAGCUGAUCGUAAUGUUCUACGGUUUCUUUGGUUCGAUGAUGUUUGGAGUGACCAACCUAAGAUUAUUGUCUUGAGAUUUACGCGUGUAGUAUUCGGAGUAUCAUCCAGCCCGUUCUUACUGAAUGCGACUAUCAGUCACCAUAUCGAACAGUACCGCGCUCAAGAUCCUGCCUUUGUCGAAGCCUUUAUGCGAGCUGUUUAUGUAGAUGAUCUAAACUCGGGUGGGGAUGAUGACAAAUCUGCCUACACUCUUUACAAGAAAUCAAAGCUUAGAUUGGCAGAAGGUGGAUUUAACCUUCGGAAGUUUGUUACCAACUCGCCCGAACUGUUGACGAAGAUCAAAAGUGAAGAGAACCCUCUUCCUAGAACUAAUUUGGAGCCUAACCCUCAAGUGGACGAACCGCCAAACGAUUGC